AAAAGAAGGUGAUGCGGAAGAGAUCAAGAAACAAGCUCCACAGACAGUUAUCGAGUAUCUGAUGAUUCUUCAAGAUUAUAAUUCUGCGAAAGAUGUGUAAAAAUAUGACUUCACAUACCAAGUUUUCUGUGUGCAGUUCAGGAACUUGAAAUUGGAGUAUUUAGAUGAUGAUUUGGUCGAUAAGAUGUGCAAGGAGAUUGGUAAGAAGAUGGAGGAGGACCCAGAAUAUGCAAGGCCUAAAGUGGUUAAAUUAUUGAAGGAUAAUGUGGAAGUUGAUAUUACAAAGCCUCUGAGAAGAGGUACAUGGGUGCUCAAGGCAGCUUUAGAGGAAAAAUGGGUGAUUUAUCACUAUGAAAAACAACCUAGGAAGGUUUGUCCAAAAUGUUUCAUUCUUCAACACGAUACCGAGCGUUGUGAGGAGUAUACAGAUCAACAUAGAGUUCUAAGAAUGACGACAGAACAACGGAAUAAACACUAUGAAGAGAAUAAGCAUCUCAUAGAGGGCAUGGAGGAAGUCUCUGAUGCUCAUGUGAGUAAUAUGGAUACGAAUGAUAGUGAUGGGUCUUGGGCAGGUUAUGACUGAAAAUGUUGAAGACGAUCCAAGGAUGCUUAAGAGAUCCAGAAAAUACGAGUCAGAUUCUUACUCGGUUUUGUCGAAUGAAACUUCUAUUGUUCCUUCCCAAAUUCCUAUCUCAUAUGAAAAUCGCCUCUAUCAAACCCAGCCUCGAAACCAGGUUAUACCUCAAAUUAAUAUGAGUGGUAACAUUUGUCACACCAAGGAAACUAGUGAUUCUCAUUUAGAUCAUGGAUUGAGCAUGGAUAGCACUGCGGGGAAAGAAAAGAAUGGUGGAACGUCUGUUUGCUACACAGUGUCUGGAGUUGACCAGACUGCUGCAAGUCAGAAUCAGAUUGCAGGUAUCCUUGGAAUUAGGAGAAUGGCUCUACAGGAUAAAUAUGUUGGAGUACCUAUUCUCAUUCAGAAGAACAAGAUGGAAACCUUUGGUCAUCUAGAGGAACGAUUCAAGGAUCAGUUGGCUACUUGGAAAGGGAUAUCCAGGGGGAGUGUGCAAACCAGCAGUAGCGCAAGAUGCUGAAAAGGCUGAAGCCUUAGCUGCUGUGGGAAGUAUCAAGUGGGCUAAGGAGAAGAAUAUUAGCAAUUUUAAUCUAGAGGGUGAUAGUUUAAAUGUCAUAAAUGGUAAAGUAGGUGCUGUUAGCUGGACUACAAACAUCAUUAUUAUUGAUUGUCAAUUUCUGCUUAAGUCAUUUAAUCACCGGUUAUGUAAGUAUGUAUCUAGGGAGACCAAUGAGGUAGAUGAUCUAUUAGCCAAGAAAGCUAGAAACAGCCAAAACAAUGUAGUGUGGUCUCAAUCUCUGUCGAGUUGGGUAGAAACUCUGAUUAGUGAGAGACUGGCUAUCAAUGCAAUUCCUUUCUUAUUAAAUAUAUAUAUACAUAUAUAUGAAAAUGAUACUUGUAACAA